GCCAUUAAUCAAUCUCCCCUAAAGCAUCCCCCCACAAUCUGCAGCCUCAUAUCUUUCUUCUCCAAUAGUGAAAGAAGACAAUCAAUCUGCUCCCCAACCCAGAAGCAUAACCUCAAAGAUGGGGAGACCACAACUCCUUGUUACAUUUCUAGCCCUUUUGGCACUUUUUGCCGUUUCAUCAACCCAGGCCCAGCUCCAGAUGAACUUCUACUCCAAGUCCUGCCCCAAAGCAGAACAGAUCGUGCUCGAUUACGUCACCAAGCACAUCUCCAACGCCCCUUCCUUGGCCGCUCCUCUCCUCAGGAUGCACUUCCACGACUGCUUCGUCAGGGGGUGCGAUGCUUCUGUGAUGAUCAACUCCACGGCCAACAACACGGCGGAGAAAGCCGCCGCUCCCAACCUGACGCUCCGUGGGUUCAACUUCAUCGACGGCCUCAAGACCCUGCUCGAGAAGGCGUGCCCCGGAGUCGUCUCCUGCGCCGAUAUCCUCGCUCUCGCCGCCAGAGACUCCGUCGGAUGAACACAGGGCGGUCCAAACUGGCAAGUUCCCACGGGAAGAAGAGACGGCAGAAUCUCCAACUCGACGGAGGCACUCAACGCCAUCCCUCCGCCGACCAGCAACAUCACCACGCUCCAGACCCUCUUCGGCAAUGUCGGCCUCGACUCCAAGGACCUCGUCCUCCUCUCCGCGGCGCACACGAUCGGGAUAUCGCACUGCAACUCGUUCUCGGCUCGGCUGUACAACUUCACGGGCCGGGGCAACGGGCAGGACCCGGCUUUGGACAGCGAGUACGCGACGAAGCUGAAGAUGAAGUGCGUGAACACCACCGACAACGUGACGAUCGUGGAGAUGGACCCGGGCAGCUUCCGGACGUUCGACCUCAGCUACUUCCAGCUGCUGCAGAAGAGGCGGGGGCUGUUCCAAUCCGACGCCGCUUUGAGGACCAGCUCCGCCACGCAGUCCUUCAUCAACCAGUUCGGGUCGGGUUCGGUGCAGAGCUUCUUCUCCGAGUUCGCCAAGUCCAUGGAGAAGAUGGGCCGGAUCAACGUCAAGACCGGGUCCGCUGGCGAGAUCCGGAAGACCUGUGCGGUCAUUAAUUAAUUAAAAAUAAAUUAUUGGAAGAUCGAAAAGUGUCUUUUUCUUGCUUGGAUUCGUUUGUUGCAAACAGCGAGCAAAUUUUUUUUCUUUCUCCGGUUGAUUGAUGUGUUGUGUCUUGUCUGGGUGCUGUGUACUUCUGAAUAAUUGAGCUCUUUUGUUUUCUUUUUUGUUUGUUUUUUUUUUUUCUAUGUUUUGCAUGUGUAAUUGUUGAGGGGGAAUCUUUGUAAUAAGACCAAUUAUUUGACGGCUUUUAUGUGAA